AUGUCGAGCCAUUUUAAACUGCUUCAGCAGUUUAAGCCCGACUACUCUCUCCCAUAUGAAUCUCAACGCACUGGUAUGCGGGUCGUGGUCAUUGGACAGAAGGGACCUAAGGUAAAUGGUUAUUUCGUACUUGCUACCGAGAUUCACGAUGAUUCUGGUGCUCCUCAUACACUGGAGCAUCUUUGCUUUAUGGGAUCUCGAAACUACCAGUACAAGGGCUUUCUAGACAAGCUAGCCACCCGGGUUUACUCCAGCACCAAUGCUUGGACUGCCCCAGAUCACACAGCGUACACAUUGGAUACAGCUGGUUGGGAGGGCUUCGCCCGCAUCCUGCCUAUCUACCUCGAGCAUGUUAUUGCUCCUACCCUGACUGAUGAGGGCUGCUAUACCGAAGUUCACCACAUUGAUGGCGCCGGAAAUGACGCUGGUGUGGUGUACUCCGAGAUGCAAGGUGUUCAAAACAACGCGGCCGAGCUGAUUGACCUGGCGGCCCGUCGUGCCACUUACCCGGACGGCGUCGGCUUUCGUUACGAGACCGGCGGAAUGAUGGAGCAACUUCGUGUCCUCUCGGCUGAGCGGAUUAGGGAGUUCCACCGUGAGAUGUACCAGCCCAAGAACCUUUGUCUGGUCAUUACUGGUGAAGUGGACCAGAAAGACAUGCUGCAAAUUUUGGACAAGUUUGAAGAUACGAUUUUGGACGUUAUCCCGAGCCCUGAAGCCCCCUUCAAGAGACCAUGGACGGAUUCUAAGCAGGCGCCUGCACUGACCAAGUCUACCAUUCAAACCGUUGAAUUCCCUGAAGAAGACGAGGAUUUCGGUGAAGUUGAGAUUCGAUUCUUGGGUCCGGAUUGCAAUGACCCUGUCCAGUCUGGUGCUCUCAACGUCGCUCUGUUAUAUUUGGCCGGAUCAUCUGCCUCGCUUUUGGAAAACAUCAUUGUUGAGAAAGAGCAAAUUGCCAGCGCAGUCUACUAUGCAACCGAUGAUCACCCUAGUAUGGAGAUCCGUUUCACCAUGACGAGCGUUGAGACAGACAAGCUUGCUUCAGUUGAGAAGAGGUUCUUCGAGAUACUGAAAGAGGCAAUGACGAAGGCUCUGGAUAUGAAGUAUAUGAGUGAGUGCAUUGACCGCCAGUGCCGUGCGUGGAAGUUUAACACCGAGAGCAAUGCUUCUUCUUUGGCCGAGUAUGUCAUCACUGAUUUCCUGUAUGGAAAGCGCGAUGGCUCGACUUUGAGAGAUGUAGCGACUCUGCAGGAGUACGACGUGAUUAGAAAGUGGUCCGAGGACCAGUGGCGGGAGUUCAUCAACAAAUGGAUUGCCGAUGCCCACCACGUUACAAUUCUGGGUGUUCCAUCCCAAAAGCUUUCUGCCAAGCUCAAGACUGAUGAAGAGGCCCGCGUUGCUGCGCAGAAGGAGCGUCUCGGCGAGAAGGGACUCAAGGAACUUGCCGACAAGCUUGAGAAGGCCAAGGCAGUGAACGACAGGGAGAUCCCCGAGGAAACUCUGGCCCAGUUCGCUAUCCCCGGAACCGAGUCUAUUCACUUCAUGGACACCACUACGGCUCGAUCUGGCGCUGCUCUGAAGGCUGGACGCCCAGACCACAAGAUCCAAAAGAUCGUGGAUGCUGAUCACUCGGAUCUACCUCUUUUCAUCCACUUCGAACACAUCGAAAGUAGCUUCGUGCAGAUGGCAGUCCUCAUUUCCGCGCAGUCCGUACCUGUUCAACUACGCCCCCUGCUUUCAAUCUAUACCGAGGCAUUCUUCAACAUCCCUGUUCAACGAGAUGGCAAGACGAUCAACUUCGAACAGGUUGUGGUGGAGCUUGAGAAGGACACCGUCGGCUAUGCCAUGGAAACUGCUCGCAGCCUCGGCAACUCCGAGAUGUUGCGUGUUUCCUUCCAGGUCGAACUUGAGAAGUAUGAGACUGCUAUCGCGUGGAUCCAAGAGCUGUGCUGGAACUCCAUCUUCGAUGUUGAGAGACUUCGCGCUAUUAACUCCAGACUUCUGGCCGAUGUGCCCGACAACAAGCGCAGUGGUGACGACAUGCUCGCGGCGGUGCACAUUAUGGUUCAUUUCGCGGAGGAAUCCAUCUCCCGGGCUCGUAGCACCCUGGUGAAGGCCCGCUACCUCAAGCGUGUCAAGCGUCUUCUGGCCGACAAGCCCGAGGAGAUUGUGAGCCGUAUGGAAGAAAUCCGCAAGUCGCUCUUCCAGCCCGACAAUAUCCGUGUUGUUGUCGUUGCCGAUUUGGAGAAGCUCCCUCGACCGGUUUCCGCCUGGAAGCCUUUUGUUGACCGUCUUGGAACCAGCAGUGAACUGAAGCCCAUCACAAACCGCCGGGCCCUGCUGAGUGAUGCAGGAAAGACCAUUGGUGGUACUUCCUACAUCGUUCCUAUGCCGACAGUUGAUUCGUCCUAUGCCUACGCUACUGGCCGGGGUCUCGACUCCUAUGACGAUCCUAACUUGCCGGCUUUGCUCGUCGCCAUCGCCUACAUGAACGCUGUGGAGGGUCCCCUCUGGGUUGCAGUCCGUGGUAAGGGUCUGGCCUACGGUACCAACUUCGCCUACAACAUUGACACUGGUUUCGUGAACUUCGAUGUGUACCGAUCUCCGAAUGCACACAAGGCAUUCGAGUCCAGCAAGCAGAUUGUUGAGGAUCAUCUAUCUGGUGCCUCGCCUUUCGACCCCUUGAUGUUGGAGGGUGCCAUCAGCAGCAUCGUCGUGGGCUAUGCUAACGAGCAGAUGACCGCCGGCACUGCCGCCCAAGGCAGUUUCAUCCGCCAGGUUGUGCGCAACCUGCCUAGCGACUACAAGGAGAAGAUGCUGAAGAAGGUCCGCGCUAUCAGUGUUGAUGAGGUGAAGGGUGCUCUUCGUGAGACCAUCCUGCCGCUUUUUGAGCCGAAGACCACGAACCUUGUUGUCACUUGCGGCACUGUUCUGGAAGAGACUCUCAAGCAAGGCUUUGAAGCAUUUGGCUUCACACCAAAGGUCCAAGCUCUGAAGGAGUUUGAGGAUGAUUAUGGUCUCAAGGCUGGUGACAACGACGAAGAGGAAGACGAAGACGAAGAUGACGAGGAAGAUGAUGAGGAAGAUUCUGAAUCUGGCUCGGACGAGAGCGAAGAAGAUGAAGAGUAA